AUGGCAACAACACCACUACCACCACGGACCUCCUCGAUGCCGUCCACGCCCUCCGGACCGGUGCCCGAGCGCGUGCUCAGCCCGACCCGCACCCCAAACAACGCGGCAGCCGACGCAAGGCGAGCAGCACGGCGCGAGCAGCUGCGCGACUUUUACGGCUUGAAGCGGGACGGCGCGUCGAGCCCCGGCCCAGGCAGCGCACCGGCGACACCAGGCGGUGGGAGCAACGGCAACGGCGGCGGCGCACGCAGGAAGCAGCGGCGCGGCGGCGACGGUGCGCUCGACCUCACGUCGCCCAACUUCUCCCCAUCAGAGUACUACGAGGACCUGAUCGCGAAAGCCACCCUCGCCGAGCUGAUGGGGAGCACGUCCGUGCUCGCUGCCGACGUGGGGCGGCUGCACUCGUCCCGCCAUACCCUGGUGUACAACCACCACCACCAGCUCUUCAGCGCGGGCGACACGAUCGCGCAGCUCAACACACGCACUCCGCAGCUGUUAAGCAUCGUCACGUCUUUGCAGGAGCGGUUCUCCGAUAUCUCCCAGCUGGCCGACAGCGUCGCGUUGACGGAGAAGGCGCCGCUUGCCGACGGCGACCGCGCGCGCGCCGCUGCCGCGCAGGGGCUCGAGCGUGUGCGCCUCAUGGUGCUUGCUGGCGAUGGGCCGGACGCAGUCACGGCCGCGUGGGAGCGCGUCGAGGCCGAGAUCAAGGGCUACGGGGAUGUCGAGGGGAUCGAUGGGAUCCUCGCCGAGGGGAGGGAGGUGGUCGAUGUCUCUGCGGCCAAGUAG